UUGGUCAUGGCGAGCAGAUUUUUGGCCCUCAUUCUCCUGUUUUGGGGCAGCUUUUCUGCCACAGUGAAUGGAAAAUGCCCUUGUGAAGAUCAGUCUUUAUGUGAACCAAUCGCAAGACCUCCGGGAAAAGAAUUUCUUAUGUUUUCCACUAAACCUAAUGUGUGGAGAAAGUACGACUGGACGAAAGUGACAACGAUCGCUCUGUUCAGACCUUGGGACGACGAACUGAUGUGUGAAGCACACAAAAGGGGUGUUCGAGUUGUCUUGGCUGCCAACUUUCCCACAGAAAAGCUGAGUAGUAAAGAAGUAAGAACCAAAUGGAUACACAACUUGACUCAAGAAGCUCUAGCUCGCCAUGCUGAUGGAGUGAAUAUCGAUAUUGAGUCGCCAAUAGCCAAGAGGUCAAGAGAGGUUACAUUACUGACAAAACUAGUGAACGAAACAGCAACAGCUUUCCGUUCAGCAAUAAAGAAUUCUCAGGUGUCUUUCGACAUUGCCUGGUCUCCUGAUUGUAUUGAUGGACGUUGUUAUGAUGCUGAAGCUCUUUCCAAGGUCGUUGAUUUUCUUGUUGUCAUGGCCUAUGAUGAACAGAGUCAGAUCAAAACAGGAAAUUGUGUUGCAAAGGCUAACUCGCCCUUGAAACAGACAAAAGCUGCUAUUGGAGAAUACUUAGCUCUUGGAAUCAGACCAGAAAAACUGGUCCUUGGAUUACCAUGGUACGGUUAUGACUACCCCUGUUUGGAACUUAAUGAAAACAUCUGCUCAAUCAAGCGGGUGCCAUUCCGUGGUGUGAAUUGCAGUGAUGCAGCUGGCCGGCAGGUUGAAUAUGCUGAUAUUCAGGACUUGAUUCUCAGCAGAGAUGCGAAGGCUCAGUGGGAUGAAGAUUCAGCUUCAUUCUUUUUCAACUAUGAAGACACUGUGGGUGGUAAACAUCAGGUUUGGUUCGAUAAUGUGCAGAGUCUUAAACAAAAAUAUGAGUUUGCAUCUGCUGAAAAUUUGAAUGGUGUUGCCAUCUGGAAUUCAGAUUUGUUGGACUACAGCGACAUCCUGAGGGCUCAACAGGAGACCAAAGCAAUGUGGGAUGCUUUGCAGCAUUAACUUGCUUUUGAAAUGUUGCUGAGACUUUAAGCUUCAUGUAGGUGUAAUUCUGCAAGACUAAGGUACUUCUUAAGGGUGGAAAAUCUCCAUGUGGAUCUUUUCUUUUUCUGAUUUUUUUAAUUUUAGUAUCUGCAUGUUGCACACGGUUUGCACAUUUGGACAUGCUGCUUAGUCCAUUGUCUUUGACAAAUGUGAUGCACACUAUAUUACAUGUAUGCCUAUGUCUUAAUAAGAUGAACUGCUAAAUUUCAGUAGACACUUGCAUGAGGAUUUAAGAGGUUCUUCUCUCUUUUGCUUUCUGUUGAAGUCUCUUGCAAGGCGUAAAUUUAGGUACAUGCAUGUAGAUGCACCAAAAAAAGGAAUCUCUAAGAGAUGAGCAGUGUUUUGUGAUGGUAGUCAUCAGGUAAUUAUUUUGAUGCAAAUUUUAAUCUCUGACGCUCAUGUGCAGCUAAAUAUAGCAUAUUAUUUAGCAUUGCUCUGUAAGUCAGCCAUGCAUACAGCAGUUAACAAUCUCAUAAUUUUGAAAAACUUGAAACGGUCACACACCAGAGUUUUUGUUUAUCAAGUCUGCCUUGCAUUUAGAACAAGUCUUGGUCUGAACCCACUUGUCCCUAAGCUUUAAAUAUACAUAACAUAGAAAUCUUUCCCUUGGUGAUAUUUGGCAGUGAUUUUUAUUGCAGUUGUAUGUGAGAAAAAAGUGUUUGUUUCUGUCCAAAAUUACAUGUUAAUAGUGUAUUUUUUAAAAUGCCAUAAAGUAUACAAUAAUAUAUAUUAGUUUAUUACUACCAAAAAAUGAAUAAAUAGAAGAUAAACAAACAGCUAAGAAAUAAAUAUAUAUUUUUCAAAUGUUA